AUGGAGCGAACGAAGUAUGUUGCAAUGUCAACAACGCAAUUGAUUAAUAGCGGUGAAAAAAAAGAAUUUCUUCUUUCACUUGCAAAACAUAUAAAAAACGGAGAUAUUGAAAGUGCCAGUAUUAGGCUUGAGACUUUAGGAAGAGAGGGAAAACUUGAAUUGCUAAAAGAUUAUGUAACCGAAAAUACUCAAGGCGAGACUUUACUCCAUUUAGCAGUCAAGAAGCUUGAUAAUGAAUCUUUCAUAAGAAAGCUUGCAGAACUAUGUCCUGACUUACCCAUUACAAAAAUCGAAGAUAAAAAGCCGUUGGCUGGACAGACAGCCCUUCAUAUAACUAUUACCAAGGGAAACGUUGUAUUGACUAAAACACUGCUGGAUGUUGUCCAACAGAAACAACACGAAGAGAUGAGUAGUUUAUUACAUUCAAUGGCGACAGGAGGUCGGUUUGUGAACACUGUGAUGAUGGGACAACUUCCUUUAACAGUUGCCGCACUGACAGGUAAUACUGAGAUCGUUGACCUUCUCUUAGAAUAUGGAGCUAAUUUGCAUGAUCAAAAUGAGAAGGGUGAUACCGUAUUUCAUUCUCUAGUUAAAUAUGCAGCAAUAUACCCAGAAAAAGUAAUGGCAAUUAUUCAAAUGUUGCAAUAUCUUAACCAAGAACUGGAAAGCAAAUAUCAAAUCGACACAACCGUAUAUAACAACUCUGACGAGGAUAAAUGUCGACACAUACAUUCGUUUGUUUGGUUCAUGAAAAAUAAAGAGAACAUGACCACACUUCAACUUGCCGCUCAACACGGAGUUUUUCAGCUUUUUGAAGAGAUAAUUAAUAUCAGAAAUGUUUACUGCUUUAUCAGAGAAAACGAUGGGUUGUAUGACGUUAAAGAGUACGACAUAACAGAAAUAGACACUGUUAGCAUCGUUCUCACCUCAGAUCAAGAACGCGCACGACGAGCUGCUUCACAACAAAAUCAGAAAACUCAACAAUUUGAAGGAGUAUCUAAAAGAAAGAUUCACACAAAUGAAACACCAUGUGCACCUUGCUCUUGCUGUUCCAAUCUCAAUUCAGAAUCUGUAUUAGAAAUGUUAUUCAGAUAUGACUACGACAGAAAAGAUGCCUAUCGUAUUAUUGAGCUAACUCCUGUUAAAAAUAUCAUAAAAAUGAAAUGGGACUCUUAUAAAUGGGUUUUCUUGAUGUUGAUGAUACUUCAUUACCUUUUUAUGAUAUUUUUCACUAUAUAUAGCGUAUACAUCGUUGAAGUAGGCAUUCAGAGUGUCUCCGCUGGGAUGUACAUAGUUUUUCGAGGAACAGGCGAAGACGAUUUUACGUCGUAUAGAAGUACGAUGAUGGCAAUGUUUAAGCUUGGAAUUGGGAUCAACGAUAUAAGCGUACUAAAUUCUGCGCGAAUUCCGUGGGUAGCGGUUACGAUCUUCAUUGUCUUUACAGUUUUCACAUAUCUUCUUAUGCUAAAUGCCUUGAUUGCAAUGAUGUCACAGACAUGUUCCCUUGUGCUAGAAGAGCGGUUUCCUCAGUGGCGAAUACAACAGUUAUCUAUAGUUCUCUUAAUAGAGGAUAUAUUCUGGUUUUGCUGUUUUGGUUAUAAAUUAUCUUGUGAAGGGAAAUCAAUAACUUCAAUGGGUUAUGAUCCAUUGACAAGGACAAUGAAAGGAGAAGAGCGAUUCGUUUUAGAAAUACAUUCAUUGCAAAUGGAAUAUGCAACACCAGAGGACAAAACAUGUAUUAAAAAAAAAUCUGCCGAAAUACAAACACUAUGCCUACAAUCCCGCGCUCAGGAAAGCCUAUUAAGGAGUCAAACUUUUACAAAUCCUCUUUCCUCUAAUAUUUUCCCUGCUCGACAAAGUUCGAUUUAUACGACGGGGGUUCAAGCCUCUGGGUCUCUACGGCAGUCUUUUCAACCACGCAUUCGUCGUAUGAAGUCAAAAAAGGAGAAAAAAAGAAAGCGUCUAGAAAAAUUAGAUAAAACGAACACUAACGAAGAAAAUGAAGAGUCAAAUAAGUUUAGACCAGUAUCACCAAGAGUCCGUUCAUCUAAGAAACCGACUUUAGUAUCGCAGAUGGGAAAAUCCUUUUCCGAGAAUGGCAUGGAAACUCGAAACCAACAUUCGCCUGUUGUGGAUAUUGAGCCAUUGACCUGUCGUCUUAAUCUAGCUAGAUUACCGCUUGAUAGACAAAUUAACGCAAAAAAACCAUCUGAGUAUGAAAUUUGGAAUAUAACUGAUUCUUUUACUUGA